AUGAGAGGUCUCUUGAAUAAGAAUCUUAGGAAUCUCCUUAGGUCCCAUAAGCCUAGGUUAGUUCGUGGGAAAAAUGACGCUAUUUGGAGUAAGGCUAAAGAAUUUAACAAGACCCUAAACAAGAUUGGUGACGAAAAGACAAAAGAAUCUACAAACACUCUAAAGGCUCUAAGGUUGAUAGGAGGUGGAUCCAUAAUAUUGGUCUUUUGCUCUCUUAUGUGGGCUAGUGCUAUGUCCGCUCCGGAACCCGUCACAGAGGUGGUUGAGAUCAAAAAUCUAGGUAAAGAUAUAAGAGAAUCAGACUCCAAGUCCUGA